AUGAAACCAGCCUGUACAUCACUCACGCAAUCACUCGUCACGUUUGACACUCUCAAGGCACUUCGUGCUGUCGAGAAAAAGAUCGUGCCCCUCGAUCCCCUCCUUGCGUCGUUCGAAAAAGUAAUAGAUGAUCUGCAAGAAGCCAACAGUGUCCUCUCUGCAGCUGUCGAAGCAAUGGAUGGCACUUCUGCCGUCCUGAAAGCGGCACUUACCCAGUUCCGCAGGGAUGCUGCAGCAUACAGAGGACAGGUUUUCUACAUGAACAAACGGAUCCAGUCUACUGCUCAGUCAAUGCUGGAUACCCUGAAUCUGAUUCAGAGCAAGAACACCUUUGACAUGGGAAGAUCAGCGCGAGAGGACUCAGUCGCCAUCAGAGCGAUUACGCUCGUCACUUCAUUCUAUCUUCCAUUCUCAUUCGUUGCUACCAUGUUUGGGAUGAACCUUGUCGACUUCGACACUGAGUCUCGCAAUCUUGUUCUGUCGAAACAACUCUGGCUAUAUUUCGUGAUAUCAGUCCCUCUGACUGCUCUGACGCUGGCAUGCUGGAAGUGGAGAAUGCGACUGUAUCGUGAUAGCGAUAUGCAUGGAGGAAUAGGUUCGACCAUGUGCAUCAAACCACUGAAGGGUAAUUCCGAUAUCGAAAUGGGUCAGUACUGA